UUUUCACCUCUCUGAGUCCUCCCUCCCUUCCCCCCAGGAUGCAUUUGACAGGAGUUGGGUUUCAGGAAAACCCCAAAGGUUGAUCAGCUCCCACUUCCUAGGAGGGAAGAACAGGGUGCCACAAGACAGUGGUCCAUUAUAUUGACUGGGGGUGAGACGCAGGGGGCUGCAGGUUGUGAUGCGAGACAGCAGAGCUGUAUAAGUAGGAAGCUUGUCCAGCACCAGCCAGAUCUCAGUCUCAGUCUUUCACAAGAAUUAUUUUACCUUUAAGAAAAGCAUAAAGGUUCCUUGAAAUAUCCAGUGCAGCCCCCGCCAUGGUACAUUCCCCCACACACAUUCCACAUCCAGACAGACCUUUGAGCUUGGGCUACCAAAGACUUAAUCCCUCUUCCCUCUCUCCAUUACAAUUCAUGGAGUCCCCAAAUCCAGCCAGGCGCAUACCUCUGUUGGUCCAGAGCCCAGCCUGGAGCCCCAUUGUCCUCUGCUGCUGCUAUCCAUGCCCCAACUCAGUGUUGAUUGCAAGCCAACCCCUCAGUAUGCCACUACCCCGGUACCCUAGCCUCUUCAGCAUGCUCUGUCUUGGCUCUGGGCCUGUCCUCUGCGGUGCUGUCGGGCUGCUGGGUGCUGAUGUGUCUGGUUCUCCUGAGGCCCAGGUCCACCUUGAGCUCCAUUCAUUGAGGUCAUGCAGGUUCUGGGGGACCUGGUGGAUUGCCUGGGCACAGAGAUGCGUGGAAUGAGCAAACUGGGAAGUAUGAUUGAGGGACUGCCAGCCUAGGGGCAGAACACAGCAGGGACUAAGGGCAGACAGGGGCAAGGAGGUUUCCCUGGGGCUUUGCCCCAUUCCCUAAGCCCCAGUGGGUUCAAGGAGACUUCAGAGUUCACUGCACUCCCUCUCUCUCCCCUUUGCCCCCCAGGAAACUCUGUGCCAGGGAGCUUUGGCCUGCAAGGCAAGAAAGAACACCCUGCACUGAUUCUGUCCAUGCCAAAGUGGCCAGCCUGGAUGUACCCUGAAGCCCCUUAAGCUGGGAAGCCUUGGUUUCUGUGUAUGCUCACAGUGGGAUACAUUGCCUCUGUUGAUGCAAGACAUUGUACAUGCAGAGACUUUGGGUCAGGUGCCUAACACGGAGUCCCCUAUAUUACCAGCAGAAACCGAUUCUGACUUCCGGUGACUCACCCAAGGUCAUAGAAUGAGAUGUAGGCUCAGGGCCCAGCUCUUCUGGCACCAGCCCCAGGCCACCUCCCCUCACAGGAAGCUUGGGGCACGGAUGGUGGGCCAGGCUGUGAGGAAGUCCCUGCUUUUACACGUUGAUGAUGCAUCCCUGGAUGGGAGCAGAUGGAGGCUGGAAAUUGUUGCACUCAGCAGAUUGGGCAGCAGGGAGCACAUGACUUCCAUGGGCUUCGAAAUCCUCCUUUGUGGGAGACUGGCUGGCACUGUGCAUUGGGAGGAGUGUCAUUCUUCUCUGGGGUUCACGACGGAGCAGGAGGGAGCAAGCGGAGGCCUUCCAGAGUUAGUAGUGGGUUCCAGAGGAGACAGGACAAGAGCUCUGGAUACCCCCUGGGCUUACACUACUGCUGCUGAGUGGCUGGAUCAAGAAGAGGAGUAUACUGAAGACCAGAUGGGAGCUGGGGCCAGCGCAGAAGAGAAGCAUUCGCGGGAGCUAGAGAAGAAGCUCAAGGAAGAUGCCGAGAAAGAUGCCAGGACAGUCAAGCUGCUCUUACUGGGAGCUGGUGAAUCCGGAAAGAGUACAAUCGUUAAGCAAAUGAAAAUUAUCCACCAAGAUGGUUACUCCCUGGAAGAGUGCUUGGAGUUCAUCAGCAUCAUUUACAGCAACACUCUGCAGUCCAUAUUGGCCAUUGUGCGUGCCAUGAACACGCUGAACAUCCAGUAUGGGGACUCAGCCAAGCAGGAUGAUGCCCGUAAGCUGCUCCACUUGUCUGACACUAUCGAGGAGGGUACCAUGCCCAAAGAGAUGUCUGAUAUCAUCAUCCGCCUCUGGAAGGACACUGGCAUCCAGGCCUGUUUCGACCGCGCCUCUGAGUACCAGCUGAAUGACUCAGCCGGCUAUUACCUGAAUGACCUGGAACGUCUGGUCACCCCUGGCUACGUCCCCACAGAGCAGGACGUACUGCGCUCCCGAGUCAAGACCACCGGUAUCAUCGAGACCCAGUUUGGCUUCAAGGAUCUCAAUUUCAGGAUGUUUGAUGUAGGUGGCCAGCGCUCAGAGAGGAAGAAGUGGAUUCACUGCUUUGAAGGGGUCACAUGCAUCAUCUUCAUCGCUGCCCUCAGCGCCUACGAUAUGGUCCUGGUGGAGGAUGAUGAAGUGAACCGCAUGCACGAGAGUCUGCACCUCUUCAACAGCAUCUGCAACCACCGCUACUUUGCCACCACCUCCAUCGUCCUUUUCCUCAACAAGAAGGACGUCUUUACAGAGAAGAUCAAGAAGGCCCACCUCAGCAUCUGCUUCCCGGACUAUGAUGGACCCAAUACAUAUGAGGAUGCAGGCAACUACAUCAAGGUGCAAUUCCUGGAGCUGAACAUGCGCAGGGACGUGAAAGAAAUCUACUCGCACAUGACCUGUGCUACUGAUACUGAGAACGUCAAGUUCGUAUUCGAUGCCGUUACCGACAUUAUCAUCAAAGAGAACCUCAAAGACUGCGGUCUCUUCUGAGCCCAGGCCUCCUGGGGCCAUGACGACAUCUUACCAAGAGCACAGACAGCAUCUCCUGGACCCAGCAGCUGAGGGCUUCUGCCUCAGCUCUUCCCCUACGUAGCACAGUGUGGAGACCAACCCCUGCGCUGACACCAGCACCCUCACCUGCACCGCACAGCACUGCAUUGGACAGGCAGGACCAGGCCCAACCCUGCACUGCCACUGCCACCCCCACCCCACACUUUACAGUAGGGGGGAUCCACCCCUUUCUCAGCACUGACAGGCUAUUUCUGGUACCUUCUUUUACAAUGAUCCAGAUGCUGAGGAGGUGCUGCUAGAGCCAACCCAGCUGUGCAGGGAGGGUGCAUGUGUGGCAUCUGUGCUAAGUAGUGACCCCCGCCCAACUCCCCACGCAGCCAUUAGCCCUCAUGCACAGUGCCCCCUGUUGCAGCACUCCCACACCUCCUGUGCUGCUGUCCACUCUGGUUUUCUUUCCCCUGUUGUGAUCCUGGCACAGCUGCCCACUCAUAUGGCCAGUGAAACUCAGCCCACCCCCAAGCAUUCCCUUCAGAGCUCUGAUUGCACCCUUGGGGACAUCCCACCUGGAGCAGUUCAGCUGUGGCGGCUAAGAUGAGCCCCAGCCAUGGCUUGUCGGUCUGUCUGACCACCCACAUUUGGCCCCUGGGAUGCACCAAGGUCAUCUUGUCCAGGUUGCUUGGUGGCACCUACUCCUUCCACUCUGUAGCAGAGGACCCCCUGCUCUGGGCUUCCCACCCCCAGCCCCUAGGUGAAGAAAUGUCUCCCAUGUGACCAAGGCUUGAGAUGUGGUCACCUCCUUUCCCCUCCAGUCCUCUUCGUCUUGCCCCAAAGAGGAAGGGGCCAAGCAGCACUCUGUGCUCAGGGGGACGGACAGAUGCCAACACUAGGGAUGGGAGGCAACAGCAACAGCAGCCCCCUGGUCUGUAUCCACAGCUGGGCCAGCUUCUAGCCACUUGCCAACUAGCCCAGCUGACCCCAGACAGGCAGCUGGGUUGAUGUAGUAUGAAUUACUGGAUGAACUUGCCCACUGGAGAGAACUUAGUGCUUGGUGCCCCCCACCCUUGCAAAGCACUGGCCCUACUCUAGGGCCAGAGGAAGCAGCAGCAAAGGGCUCCACUACAGGGGUGCUGCUGUGCCCAGAACCCAUUUACCCCUGAUCUCUCAACUGAGAUUCCCAUUGCCAUGUGGAUCCUUGUCCACAUGAACUUGGACCAAGCCUUCCCCCUCCAUUCACCCACCCUCAGGCUCUGGGAAGGGGUGAGUGGCAGUGGGUCCAGCUCUGGCCAGGGUAUGGUACCACAGCUGGUAACAUCCCCCCUGCCCCCAGGCUGGGAAAGAGCUAGAGCCCACCCACAUCGCUCUCUUAGGCUCAGAGGAAUAUUUUGCAAUAUGCCAGGGGGUGUGGGAAAGGGUGAACCCUCUGCUCCUGGUGCUUUGUGAUUUCAGCUGAUUCUUGACCCCCCCACCCCCCUUUAGGGCAGGGCCCUGGCACCUGUCACACUCCAUUGCACCCCACUUGUCCAGCGACAGCUCCUUGUCAACCCCACCACCAACCAUCACACACCCUUCCAUGUGCAAACAUUUGUCUUCACCUCCUGGUCACAGGGAGGCAGGUCACUCUUGGCAGGCAGAUCCCUUGCUUUCUAGAAGGCUCUCUUGGCUAUUAGCACCCCUCCCCUACUCUACCCCUGCAUGGGCAGAGUUAAAGGGAAACAGCCCGCUUGGAAAUCUCCCCACAGCUGGAGCACUGAAAAGGGAACACAGCUCCCUGCAUGCCUGAGCCCAGGACAUUGUUUGCAGUGGACUGUGGUGUAGCCUAGCUUCCUGUGUACACAGCGAUGGCUUCAGCUUUCCCACCAGAUUUCUGCUGGUUCUGGGUCUGGAACGUUUUACCAGUGGCAAUUGGGUGAGAUUUAAAAUAAAGUAUCUUUCAGGCAUAUGGGGGUGGGGGUGGAAUUGUCUGUUGUGUCCAGUGAAUCCUUGUCCCCUAGCAAAUGUACUCUGCUGCAUAACAUUUUCCUGGCAUGAAGCGCUGGUGCCCGCGAUCCUGUAAGCAUAUCCAGACAGCACUGCAGCCAGUUCGUUUUCUACCUGGGAUUAUAUCACAUCAGAUUUAUGAAUAAAAAGAUUUA